UUUAUAGCUGGAAGGUAACAAUAUUUUUAAAUAUUCAUUUUAUUUUCCAGAUACAUUCACCUGCACUGCAUGUUUACCUCUCUCCCUUUUGCUGUAAAUUCUUCGAGGCAUGAAGUAGCUUGCCAGUUGUCUCUUAUGCUCAGACGUUAAUAAAUGGUUAUCAGUUUAUCGCAGAUAAUAACUUCGCUCCAAACCGUAAGGCAUGUGUAAGCUGAUUGUGUAGAAUUUUUGCCUUAAGACAAUGUUUAAUCAGUGAUUGUAGUUUUAGUAAUGUCAUUCUGGGCUGUGCUUUCCCCCAGCUCCCUGCAACAGAAACCUCCUCCUCCCCUGCCAUCCUGCCCCAUGCUGCAAGCAGAUCUGGCCUUUGGAGAAUAUCCUACCAUUUUGAAGUCACCCACAGAAAUUAAAAUUUGGGGACAACUGAGUGGCGAAUGAACAUCUGCACAGAUGCUCUCAGUGCAAGGUUGCUAAAUACUGUGGUAAAUCUUGUCAGAAAGAAGCUUGGCUGGACCACAAGCAGGAAUGCAGGUGUCUUAAGAGCACUGAGCCUAAUUUUCCUCCAGACUCUGUCAGACUUGCUGGAAGGAUCGUUUUUAAACUACUUAGGCAAUCAGUAUGUCUUUCUGAGAGACUCUACUCUUUUUCCGAUCUUCAGUCAAAUAUUGAACAGUUAAGUGAAGAAAUGAAAGAUGGCCUCAGGCACCUUGCACAUACUUUGCAACUGUAUUUGAAAGCAGAGAUCCAGGAUGCAUCUCACUUGCCACCUGCAAUUGACUUUUUUCAGAUCUUCGCAAAAGUGACCUGUAACUGUUUCACCAUCAGUAAUGGAGAGAUGCAGGAUGUUGGUGUUGGCCUGUAUCCCAGCAUGUCUUUACUCAACCACAGCUGUGCCCCAAACUGCGUGAUCGUUUUUGAAGGAUACCAGCUUUUACUUCGCUCUGUCCGAGAGAUCCAGAUUGGUGAAGAGCUCACCAUCAGCUAUAUUGAAUCGCUGAUGCCCACCAGUGAACGCCAAAAGCAACUGAUGCGCCAGUAUUGCUUUGAAUGUGACUGUGUUUUCUGCCAGAAUCAAGAAAAGGAUGCUGAGAAAUUGGGUGGUGAAGAACAUGCCUGGAAAGAAGUCAAAGAUGCUGUAAAUGAAGUGAGAUAUCCAAAAUCAAAAGAGGAAUGGGAACAGGUUCUGGCAAGAUUCCAGAAUCUCUUGAGCCGCAAUACAGGUCGCCUUCCAGAUACAAAUAUCUAUCAGCUGAAAAUGCUUGACUGUGCCAUGGAUGCCUGUAUUAACCUUGAAUCCUGGGAAGAAGCUUUGUCUUAUGGCAGCAGGACUCUGGGACCAUACAGCCUGUAUUAUCCCGGUUUCCACCCGCUGAGGGCUGUCCAGCUGAUGCGAGUGGGCAAACUGCAGUACAGUCAAGACAUGUUUCCUCGAGCGCUGGAGACCUUGAAGCAGGCCUAUAAUAUUAUGAAGGUGACCCAUGGGACAGAUCACAGCCUGAUGCAAGCCUUGAUGGAGAUAAAGGAACAGUGUGAAGCCAUCAUGAGAAUACAGUGAAGAUAACAUCUAGUCUGGAAAACAAAAUAUUCAAGGACAAAGGAAAUCAAAUGCUUUUUAUUGCAUUAGGAAGCUUCUUGAUGAUUUUGCUUUCUUUUCAUUAUGUCCUACUUGCUUUACAAAAAUGUUUAGUAUUUGUUAGUUUUGCUGUGUGAUUGAAUUGAGUUGAUGUUUGGAGGAAUAUCAGAAAUUUUCAGAGGAUUUUUUUUCCUACUAAACAAUCUAAUUGACGAUACCUAAUUAUCAAUUUGCAACAGCUAAUUUAAUUGAUAAUAACUAUUGGGAAAUUCAUAAAGAGUCAUCAUCAGAGUUAUGAAGUAAUGCAAUUCCAUUGCUAUCAGCAGUCACUUUUUUAUACCAGUUUAUGCCUGCAAUUAAGGAUCUCAUGUCAGACACAUUAUAAGCAGAGAGAAUAUUUUUUUUCUCUUUCCCUUGCCCUUCGGUUUGGUUUCCAAAAGCCUGAUCCAGUGCUCUUUGACAUUAAAUAAGUUUCUUAAUGUUCUAAAUGA